AUGACGAAGUCAACUUUAGAUUCUCAGAAACUAAGCCAUAUUCAAAACGAUAUACUUCAUCUAAAGCAGUGCAAAAUCGAUUUGACGCAAUUAACUUGCCUCUUGUUCUCCGGAAUUCAGGAAGACAUCUCGCGUCUUGUCGUCUGCACCACAGGAAUUUUCCUUAACGCCCAACCGAAGAAGACUAGUCUGGCCGGCACUCAGACGGAGUUUAUUGACAAUUCAGUUAAUGCUGAUAGCCAUGUCGAAACUACGAAUCUUCUCUCUCCAGCUUUUUCUUGUAAAGGCCAAUUGGAUUCACUUCAGCUUAGCUUAACUCAUGAAGAAUCUGUGAAAGCUGGCUCAAUCGACAGAGUUUUUGCAAAUCAAACUUUCGAUAUUGCCCAACUUGCAACUCGGCUAUAUGAAGCACAAACAGAGCGUGCUGAGCUCAAGAUGCGUUCUCAGGCUCUGGCCUAUGAGUUGGCUUGCAGUCAAGAGGCCAGUCAGCACCUUGAAGCCGCACAGGCUCAGCUCACAGCCCAGGUGGAUGAGUUAUCAUCCAAGCUAGCCCAUGCUCACGAUGAACGAUCUCUCCUAGUUGAACGGCUGGCAAAUUUGCAGGCGAUGGUUGCCAUGGCUGGCUAUCCGACAGAUAGUAGGGGUGGUGGUGCCUCUAUCGACUCUGGGGCUUUAGAGCUCGAAGAACAGUUGGAAAGUGUUAGCCAACGCGGCGACUAUUCAGCAGAUCUCGGAAGCUUGUCACACCAGAUUUUAGCUCAACGGGAAAAUGACCUUCGUAAUUUGGAUGUCGACGGUGACAGGGAAUCUAGCAGCAUGGGACCACCUACACCCAGCCUUGUUGGUGGCAUUCGUUCAUCUCUGGUUAGCAUUCGUCGGCGGACUGUUAGCCUGGUUCAACUACUAGCUCUGUUUUCAUAUGGUUGUGGACGGGGCUCCAAGCUUCCUAGCAUCUCAGCCGAGGAGUUAGAAGCGAUGCGCCGCGAGGCUGAUCUCCUGAUGAAUGAGGUGAAUUGGCUUCAUUUACAUGACUCCGACAUAACUGGUCAGAUGGAGAUGACGAUGCAUGGACUGGCUGAUGAAUUGCAUGCCGUCCAACAAGCGAAUAUUGGGCUACGGAUAGAGCGUGAUCGGUUAACAAAGCAGCUACUUCAUUCGGCUGAGGGGUUACCGUCCGACCAUUCGGAAGUAUAUUUGCAUGAUAUAGUAGACAAGUUUCAGGCUACUCAACAGGCUAACCUUGAGUUACAGUACGAGCGGGGCCAGUUAACCGAAGAAAUUUGCCAGCCUUCCACAGAAACGACAGCAGCGGUGACUGCAACUCUCAUCAGAUAUUGUGAUGCAUCUGUACAAGCCACCUUCGACGAGGGCCAAACGACUUUGGAGUGCAAACUGCGCAAGGAAUUGGAAGACAAGGUUUGCGAGCAUGUUCAAUUAGUGCGGGCUUACAGUGAACUAGAGGCCAGCCUGGCUUGUGAAAGUUUAGCUAAGGAGGAUCUGAUAGCUCAGCUACGGUUAGCUGAAGAAGAACUGUCCGGUCUUCGGGUUUCUUUCGAACGAUACUCUCGAUUGUCUGAACUACUCGAUCAUUGUGUGGCCAAAUGCUCAUGUCUUGAGGCUGAACUGUCUGCAAUUAAUUUAGACCGGCCAAACAUUAUUUUUGAAGACCAACUCGGUAUGUCGGAGCAUGCAUUUCACUUUUCAGACAACUUAAACAUCGAUAAAGCCUUGCCAGAUGUGGAAUCCGAAUUCCAAGGGUCCACUUUACAUGCAGAAUCGCAUAAUAUUAUCCAUCAGAAUGUCGUGGAUGAUAACAAAGAUAGUACAGAUUGGCCAGUUCUGAUUAACUCAAAGCCAUUUACACUUCAAGAUGAGUCCGCUAUUCUGCGAAAAUCGAUCACAUCAUUAGAAACUGAGCUAAGUCUGGCAAAAUCAGCCUAUCUUGAAUUAAACGAAGAGUUACUUCUUACGAAGGCUUCACUGAACUCGAUGACUAUGCAGCAUGAAAGGUUUACUGAACUUGAGAAACUUGGGCAAUUUUGUAGCAUAAAAUGUUCCAAGUUGGAGUCUGAACUAAAGAGCCAUCCAGACACAGAAACAGUUGAAACUCAAACAUACCCUGAGAACUUUUCGAAUGAGGUUGAAAAUACAGUCAAUGGGCGCGCGGUGUUUUUGAAUAAAGCUGAACUAGAAAAUAAAGUCCGAAAAAUUGCAUGCGAGCUGAUGGCAACCAAGGAGCUUUUGAAAAUACAGGCGGCCAGUUAUGACGAGCGAAUUACCUCACUGAUUCAGAAAAAUUCUAGCUUAGCUAGAUCUAAAGCUUUUUCGGAAGAGUCUAGGUCGUCUUGGUUAAAACAAGGUUUUGAUCUGAGAAGUGAAUCAGAAAUCAAAAGACGAAGCAAUGAAAUAGAUUUUGAUCUGACAUUUAAUGAAGAUAAGACAGCAUCUAAUGAAGAAAUUAAUGUAGGCGAAAAAAUGUUGAAACAAGCAAAUAACCAAACUAGAAAGAAUAAAGAGGAGCACAAGUUAAGAGGACAUAUAAAAGACGAAGAAAAAAAUGUAUGCGAGAAAUGUGGAUGGGCUCAA